UUUCCUAUGGAAAUUGAUUUACAAAGAUAUUUAUCACCAGACGCAGAUAAAUCACAACCUUAUAAAUAUUUACUUCACGGAGUUCUUGUUCACAGCGGCGAUUUACAUGGCGGCCAUUAUUUUGCUUUAUUAAAACCCGACAGAAAUGGAAAAUGGUUAAAAUUUGAUGAUGAUAGAAUUACACCAGUAACAGAUAAAGAGGUACUUGAAGAUAAUUACGGGGGUGAAGUUUCUAAUGCAAGUCUCUCACCUGCAAUUCGAACCGGUGGUAGAAAUAUUAAACGAUUUACGAAUGCAUAUAUGUUGGUUUACAUCCGUGAAUCUGACAUCGACUGGGUACUAUCUCCAGUAGUUACUAAAGAUAUACCAGAACAUUUACAAAGACGCUUAGAUGAAGAGAGAGCUUUACAUGAACAGAAAAAAAAGGAAGCUGAGGAACGCCAUUUAUACUUGAAUACAAAGAUCGUGACUUUAAAUACCUUUGCGCGCCAUCAAGGGUUUGAUCUCGCUAAUUUUGACGAUCGACAAUAUCCGCUAUCCGAGAUUCCACAAUUUAAGGUUUUGAAAAGUGAUACAUAUGGGGUUUUCAAAGCACGAGUCGCUCAUUAUUAUGGGAUUUCAGCUGAGCAAAUGAGGUUCUGGGUCCUUGUAAAUCGCCAAAAUAAGACUGUUAGGCCAGAUACUCCAAUACCAGACCAUUUUCAUGGCAUGACAAUGGAAGAAAUUCACACGAAAAUGGCUUCAAGACAAAAUGAACUGAAGUUAUUUUUGGAAAUGGCAGAUAAACCAAUUAACGGCAAAACAUGGUUCCCAACAACGGAAGGAAACUCUCAUAUAAUGGUUUUCGUCAAAUACUUUAACCCCGAUACACAAUCUCUAGAAGGACUGUGUCAUUUAUAUAUUCAAAAGUUUGGUAAAGUUGGUGAUAUUAUUCCGAUUCUUUGCGAGAAAAAGGAACUUCCACCACACACACCAUUGAGAAUAUACGAGGAGAUAAAACCAAACAUGAUUGAAGAGAUGAAACCAAAAUCGACUUUUCAACAAUCUGAGAUACAAGAUGGUGAUAUAAUUUGCUUCCAAAAGGCUUUAACAGAUAAAGAAGCACAAGAACAUACUGCUGCAGGUCGCAUUCGUGAUAUUCCUACAUUCUAUGAGUCAUUAUCUAUGCGUAUUGUCGUUCAAUUUAAACCAAAACAUAAAGACCGGGAACAAAAGCCAGAAUUUGAGUUGGUUUUAAAUAAGAAGUACACAUAUGAUGAA